GCCAACGCCUGCUCGCCAAUGCGCCGACGCCGCUGCUUGACACCUUCACGCUGAAUGAAUAGACCCUGCUGAGGCAAUCGUCCUCUCGGGCCGUCGUACACGAGUCGCAACCCCACAGCGAAGAGCAGGCAUGGAGGGAGGAGUAGAUGUCGAGAGCAGAAGCUCGCAGGACGCGCUGCGGCAUGGCGAAGAGCCAGGACAGGACGCCGGAGAAGACGCGGCUGAUGACAACAAGUUUCAGAAAGCCAUCGGAGCAUGGCGGAAUAUCGACCUGACAUCGCUCGUUCCUCAACUCGACACCGUCGCCUCGGACCUCGUCGCGCACCAGCGAGAUGCCCUUACCCAGCGAAAGGACCUUGCCCAGAAGACGAAGGACUUCCGAAGGCUAGAUGACGCGAGCAAGUUGAACGAUAUCAAGGCCCUUCUGAAAUCUUACCAAGGUUUCAUUGACCUCAUUUCAAAUCAGUCCAAGACCGUCCAAGCUGCAUUCUUCCAACUAUACUCCCCGCUAUCUGAAGCACCUGACCCGUAUCCCCUCCUGGAAGCUUCCGUUGAUUCCUUGGUAACUGCUGAAGAGAUUGUGCCUAAGCUCACCUCGGAGAACCAGCAUCUGCAGAAGACCGUGUCGAAACUGACCACGCAGCUGGAAGAGGCGGAAAAGAAGCUUGAGGAGGAGCGUGCCGCUCGUAAAGCGCUGGAGGAGACGCGGGAUAGCAAGAUCAAAGAGGUUGAGUCGUCAUGGUCUGCCGUGUUAAGCGAGAAGCAGGACAACUGGGAGGCCAAGGAAAAGAGCUUGGAAGAAAAGGUCGAGAGCCAAGAACGGCUUCUGAAGGAGCUCAAGGCCAGCUACGAGGUCUCGCAGAGGCUCGGAAAGGGAGAAGAGGCCGAAGGGGAGGUAGAUCGGGGCGCCACAGCGGCAGAACUUGAGAUUGUCAGCUCAGAACUGGAAAGAACGAGCCAUCGCCUGGCUGAGGUUGAAGCUCGUAACGAGCAGCUACGUCUCGAAUUGGCGCAAUCAGCGUCAGCGCAGGCCACGCAGCAGGUGCCUGUCGAGGAUGAUCCUGCCUUCCUCCGGUUGCAAUCCGAGAACUCUUCUCUCCUGCGAAAGCUGGAGACUGCGCGGUUCGAGAAGGAUUCAGAGCGGACGCGCCUACAGACGGAGACACGCAGCUUGGAGCGGGAGAUCAAGAACCUAAAGAGCGAAAAGGACGCUCUUCGUGAGAAGGUCCAGAAGUGGGGCGACUACGAUAACGUCAAGCAGGAGCUUGAAGUUCUCAAAUCUAUAGAGUUUGCGACUGGUGAUGACGACGAUGAAGCGACUGAAAUCGCGCUCGCCCACAAUGGCACACCCGGCAAAGGAAAAGGCGAAACUUUGGAACAGCUUCUCCUAGCGCGCAACAAGAAGAUCAGCAACGAGCUCACCGUGCUUCGCGUCUCACAUCAAGACCUCCAGAGUCGAUUAGAAGCGCUGCAAGAUGAGCUCUCCAACACCAACAUGGAACUGGAGAAGUCCAGGAACCUAAAUGAGACACUAGAGGCUGACCUGGAGAGGGUGCAGCAGGAGGCUACGCAUGCCUUCGAUCCGUCGGCCAUGUCCGUAGCAGGUACAUAUACGUCGAGAUACCCACAGUCGUCUUUCGGUGGCGGCCGACGUGGGAGAUCGUCGCCCACAUCAUCCAUCAUCUCCGGCUUUGACCCAGCGCAUACGCCACAGGGCACAAUGGCCGCCCUACGCGCCGGGGAACCCGUUGGCGGCGGCUCCGGUAUAUUGCCCAUGGUGACAGCGCAGCGCGACCGUUUCAAGAAGCGCAACGCAGAACUGGAAGCCGAGCUCCAAAAGACGUACCAAAAUGUCUCCACCCUCCGUUCCGAAGUCGCCGCCUUGCAAAAAGACAACCUCGACCUCUAUGAGAAGACGCGCUACGUCUCCACGUACAACCGCGGUCAUCCGGCGUCCUCUGCAUCCGCCUACGCCGCAAACCCGAAUCCUUCCAGCAUCCAUAUCUCGGACAGCACGUCUUCCGGUCUGAGCAUGGAUCGAUAUCGCUCCGCCUACGAGUCGAGCAUAUCGCCGUUCGCUGCGUUCCGUGGAAGGGAGUCGGCGAGAGCACUGAGGAGAAUGCACGUCCUUGAGCGCAUGGUUUUCAGGGUGACGAGGCUCGUGCUGCAGACGAGGACGAGUAGGAACUUGUUUGCCGCGUAUCUGUUCGGGCUGCACUUUUUGGUGUUUUGGAUGCUGUGGUCAUACGCAGGCGUGCAUACGAGUGCAGUCGCAACAGCGGCAACGGCUGGUGGUCCGAUAGCCGCCGGUGCAGAGGACAACACCGUCUGGCAGAAAGAAGGAUUCGACGAGGGCGGCACAGACGGUGCAUGAAGCUUGAGACUAGUUUUAGCUUCUGCGGAUGGCUGCUUGUACUAGUAUUGGCGUUCUGGUACGGAUAUCGGAUCAAGUGGAACAAUGAGUGCCCCGGGCUCAGGUAUACUAAGAGUCUUCAAUUUUCAUAAUUCUCCGACUUUGGGCAUAGCUUAACCAUCGGCUUUGAAAACACCUUUUUGGAGAUUGCCGAUUACGCUUGCUUCCACUU